AAAUUGUAGAAACUAAGCAAUCUCUCUCUGUGAUUCCACCAGUAGACCGUUGGGAAGACUAUUUUUUAACAACCCAACCUGCGUUGGGUCUUCUCCUCAACCUCUUCUUCUACCAUCUCAUCUAAGUCUCCCUCUCUUUCACCUUCUUCCAUAGCCAAAGAAGCAAAAAACACUGGCAGAAAAAAUGGCGAGCCUCCAGCUCGCCACCUUUUUAGUCCUCUUGGCUACGGCAAUAGGAUCGGUAUCAAGCCGAUUCAUUGUCGAGAGGAGCAAUAUCAGAGUGCUGUCGCCAGAGCAUAUCCGGAGCCACCACGAUGCCGCCAUCGCCAACUUCGGCGUGCCAGACUAUGGUGGAACCAUGACCGGCGUUAUCGCCUACCCCGACAAGGGGACAACAGGCUGCGAGCCCUUCAACAGUGGACCCUUCAAGUCCCGGACUAGAAGGCCAGUGUUUCUCCUCCUUGACCGUGGUGAUUGCUACUUUGCUUUGAAGGCAUGGAAUGGGCAGAAUGCUGGUGCUGCUGCUGUCCUUGUUGCCGACAACAUUGAUGAGCCUCUGAUAACCAUGGACAACCCCGAAGAGAGCCGAGACUCCGAGUAUGUCGAAAAGAUCACCAUUCCCUCUGCCCUUGUCAACCGAGCCUUCGGUGAGACCCUUAAGAAGGCCUUGGCGAAGGGGAAUGAGGAGGUCGUGGUUAAGCUGGACUGGAGAGAGUCCAUGCCUCACCCUGACAACAGGGUGGAAUAUGAGUUUUGGACUAACAGCAAUGAUGAGUGUGGCCCUCGCUGCGAAGAACAGAUGGACUUUGUUAAAAACUUCAAGGGUCAUGCUCAGCUCCUUGAGAAGGGAGGCUUCACUCAGUUUACACCUCACUACAUAACGUGGUUUUGCCCUGAGGCCUUCAUACUUAGCAAGCAAUGCAAGUCUCAGUGCAUAAACAAUGGGAGGUAUUGUGCUCCUGACCCAGAGCAAGACUUUGGUGAGGGAUAUGAUGGCAAGGAUGUUGUGAUUGAGAACUUGAGGCAGCUUUGUGUUCAUAGAGUAGCGAAUGAGAGUGGUCGGCCAUGGGUUUGGUGGGAUUUUGUGACAGAUUAUCAUGUCAGAUGUUCGAUGAAGGAGAAGAAAUAUAGCAGGGACUGUGGCGAGAAAGUUGUUAAAUCUCUUGGAUUGCCUCUGGACAAGAUUUCAAAAUGCAUGGGUGAUCCUGAAGCCGAUGCUGAGAAUGAAUUCCUCAAGAGAGAACAAGAAGUCCAGGUCGGUCGUGGCACUCGUGGAGAUGUGACCAUCUUGCCUACUCUGGUUAUAAACAAUGUUCAGUAUCGAGGAAUAUUGGAGAGAACUGCUGUUCUGAAGGCAAUAUGUGCAGGUUUUAAAGAGUCGACGGAGCCUCCUGUUUGCUUGAGUGGAGAUAUUGAGACCAAUGAGUGCCUUGAAUCCAAUGGUGGAUGUUGGCAGGACUUACGAUUAAACAUAACUUCUUGCAAGGACACUUUUAGAGGCAGGAUCUGUAAAUGUCCUACAGUCAAUGGUGUUCGGUACGAGGGUGAUGGCUACACUUCCUGUCAAGCUGUGGGACCAGGAAGGUGUACAGUGAACAAUGGAGGUUGUUGGUCAGAAACAAGGAACGGGAAAACAUUUUCCGCCUGCUCAGAAUUAGAGUUGAGAGGGUGUCGCUGUCCAUUUGGAUUUCAUGGUGAUGGUUAUAAAUGUGAAGACACUAAUGAGUGCAAGGAAAAGCUUGUAUGCAACUGUCCUGAUUGCUCCUGCAAGAACACAUGGGGAGGAUAUGACUGCAAAUGCAAGGGAAAUCUUUUGUACAUAAAAGCAGAGGACACAUGCAUUGCCAAGAAUAUGUCAAGGUUUGGUUUGCUUUUGAUGGUUUUGGUUCUAGCAUGUGUGGUUGGUGCUGGAGUAGCAGGUUACAUAUUCUACAAAUACAGGCUCAGGUCUUACAUGGAUUCUGAGAUCAUGGCUAUCAUGUCCCAGUACAUGCCAUUAGACAAUCAGCACAAUGAGAGCCAACCUCUAAGACCAGAUUCAACAGCAUAAUAAGGGAAAAGAUUUAGAUGUAAAUUCAAAUGUGAAUUAUAGAAGUUCUCUUGAGAGUGGUUUAGAUUGUGGCCACAAGUUUUCAAGAAUCAAAGUAGUCACAGAUCCUUUCCUUAUGCAUGAAAGAUUUUUCUUGUAAAAUGUCAUAUGGUUGGAAAAUUUACAAACGACACGAGAAAAACAUGCUUGAUGUAAAAUUACCAUCGUUAGAACAAAUGUGACGUAUUGCUGUUUGUCUCAUGUAAAAGUUGUGUGCAUAUGAAUAAUAGGUACUUUGUUUUGAUA